AUGGUCGUGUUCUUCGUGAUUGUUUUGCUGUUUUAUGCGAGUGUCACCUCGUCUGUUUGUGGCAGCGAUGAGGAAUUCCAUGGCGCGCUACCAGACUUCACUCGCAUUCCGAUCGCCAACGAUCCUGUGGGCUCCAUCGAAGUCGUAUAUCCCGCUCAUGGGGCCAUCGAAAAGGCACCUGUUGGAUUUAAGACGCAGAUUAACAUCCGCCCUGAAGGUGCCAAACUAUUUGCUUCUCAGUAUAAAAAUGCUAGCGUGUGUGUGGAGGUGAAUGGUGUGGUCGUGGAUUGUUCGCAGAUUGGUGGCAUAUCUGAGUUUCGGUAUUACCAAGCUGGAAACUGUACAGUCCGCGCGUACCUUAAGCGUUCUGGUUUGCAGGAAGUCGUCGAAGAGGCAAUGUUUGAUUUUGAAUCUGCUCUGGUUUCCUUCACUGUAAUCAACGAAAACGACUAUGAAGAGCACAUCGCUCGUGCGAUCCGCAACAACGAGGCGAACCACCGUCCGGGAUUUCGACAGUCACUUGUCGAAUGGGCCAAUUUGCAGCUCAGUCAACCAAGUGACAGACUGCUCCAACGUCUUAAACUUGCAGAGCUAAUCAAUAUACGGGAAACAGAAGUGCAGGAUGAUCUACAGCUCAUUGUUGGCGUUAGAACUGCGGUUGUGACCCAUUUCUUUUUUCGACAGGCUAUUCGCGAGACAUGGGCCAGUAAAUCAGCAUUACCCACAGGUGUAAAAGUAAUUUUCCUCGGAUGUCGUCCAAUUGCUACCGUCUCCAAGGAUGAAGGUGAUAAACUCACUCAAGAAGCAGAACUACGGAAAUGGUGGGAGGCGAUCGAGCUGGAGAAGCGUGUGUAUGGGGAUCUGCUAACGGAUGAACUCGACUGUGACGAUUCUUAUUCCCGCCUGGCCGACAAGACAAAACAGUUCUUGCGCUUCGCAGCAACAAAUCAUCCGACUGCAAAGUUUGUUAUGGUAGCAGAUGACGAUCUCUACCUCCGUUUGGACAAAGUAAUCGCGCGACUUCAACGUCUCGAUCAAAUUCGCCUGGACUGGGCACUUAAUCGCUACGGUCUCGACAAAAACGCGCGCUGGCGUUAA